ACAAUCAGAAUUUUACCCAAAGGCCCAAAAUCCAAAUCCAUCAUCGACUUCUUUGGUUUAUAGCCACGAGGUUUUUACUAAUAUUUCAAUUUUUUGUGAAUUAUUAAGAAACAUUUUCACAUAUUUAUAACAAAAUGCCGCCCAGUAAUCCUUUGCCGCCUAAAGAAAACGCUCUGUUUAAAAGAAUUUUGCGUUGCUACGAGCAUAAACAAUACAAAAAUGGGUUGAAAUUUGCAAAACAAAUAUUGUCCAGCCCCAAAUUUGCUGAACAUGGAGAGACAUUGGCUAUGAAGGGGUUGACUUUAAAUUGCCUUGGGAGAAAGGAAGAAGCAUAUGAAUAUGUCCGUAGGGGUCUUAGAAAUGACUUGAAGUCUCCAGUCUGUUGGCAUGUAUAUGGGUUGCUUCAACGUUCUGACAAAAAGUAUGAUGAGGCAAUUAAAUGCUACCGUAAUGCUCUCAAAUGGGAAAAGGAGAACAUUCAGAUUCUUCGGGAUCUAUCCUUAUUACAAAUUCAAAUGAGAGAUCUGGAGGGAUAUAAAGAUACUCGCUACCAAUUAUUUAUAUUAAGACCAACACAAAGAGCGUCAUGGAUUGGGUUUGCCAUGAGCUACCAUCUGUUGGGUGAAUAUGAAAUGGCUAACAGUAUUCUAGAUGCAUUCAGAACUAAUCAGAUGAAGGGUCCUUAUGAUUAUGAACACUCAGAAUUACUUCUCUAUCAGAAUAUGGUCCUGGCAGAGUCGGGACAAUAUGACAGGGCUCUAUCCCAUUUAUUAAAGUUCCAAACACAAAUACUUGAUAAGUUGGCGAUAAAAGAAACAUGUGGAGAGUAUUAUUUGAAAUUGGAAAGGUUUAAGGAAGCAGAAUCUUUGUAUGAAGGUCUGUUAAAGAGAAAUCCAGAGAAUGUGAUGUAUUACCAGAAGCUUAUAGAAGCCAAACAGCUUACUACCCCUUACCAAAAAGUGGCCUUCUUUCAUCUUUAUAAGACGGACUUCCCGAAAGCAAUAGCACCCCGACGCUUGCAAUUGACUGAGGCUGAGUGUCCGGGUGAUUUCACUCAACUCGUGGAUGAGUACUUAAGGCAUGGCCUGCAUAAGGGAAUCCCUCCGCUACAUGUUGACCUUAGAUCAUUAUAUGAGGACCAAAGCAAGGCUGACGCAAUAGAACAAUUAAUACUACAAUACAUAGAGAAUUUGUCUAAGUUAGGCACAUUUAGUAAUGUAGCUGAUGAAGUGAAACAACCAGCGAGUGCAUUGUUAUGGUCUUAUUACUUCGCAGCCCAACAUUUUGACUUUAAAAAGGAUACCGAUAAGGCGUUGUAUUAUAUCGAUGCAGCUAUUGAACAUACUCCUACAUUAAUAGAACUGUUUAUAGUUAAAGGAAGGAUAUUCAAGCAUGCUGGUGACCCAGUAUCAGCAUACCAAUGCCUGGAGGAAGCUCAAGCGAUGGACACAGCAGAUCGUUAUGUGAACAGCAAGUGUGCGCGGUAUAUGCUGAGAGCGGGACAUGUGAAGCAAGCUGAAGAUAUGUGCGCCAAAUUUACAAGAGAGGGUGUGCCAGCGACAGAGAAUCUAAAUGAAAUGCAGUGUAUGUGGUUCCAAACGGAGGCUGCGGCGGCAUACCAAAGGCUUCACCAGUGGGGCGAUGCCCUAAAAAAAGCACAUGAAGUCGAUAGACACUUCUCCGAGAUAAUGGAAGACCAAUUCGACUUCCACUCCUACUGUAUGCGGAAGAUGACGUUACGUUCGUAUGUCGGUCUGCUCCGCCUCGAAGACGUGUUACGAGCGCAUCCGUUCUACUUCAGAUGCGCACGCGUCGCCAUACAAGUGUAUUUGAGACUACACAGCCACCCCCUGGAGGACGCGCCGCAGACUUCAGAGCCAGAUACAGAAAAUUUGGCGCCAUCAGAACUGAAGAAGCUUAAAAACAAGCAGAGGAAAGCGAAACGCAAAGCGGAACAGGAAAGUGCGCUGGCAGCGCAAGUACAGGUGAAACGCGAGCAACAUCACAAGGCGAGACGGGAGCAGGAACAAGGUGAUCCUGAAGCUCCUCAACUCGAUGAGUUGAUACCUGAUAAGUUAGCUAGGGUAGAAGACCCGUUAGAACAAGCAAUAAAGUUCCUUUUGCCACUCCGGCAGCUGGCUGCCGACAGGAUAGACACAUAUUUAAUGGCUUUCGAAAUAUAUUAUAGAAAAGACAAGCCCCUACUCAUGCUGCAAAGCAUAAAGCGUGCGUGGGCGCUGGAUAACACCCAUGAGCAUCUUCACGAUUGUCUCGUGAGAUUCAAGUGCUGGUUGGAAGAACGACUUCCUACACUCAACCCGCACGUGGCAGCUGUCAUCAAUGCGGAGACGAAAACGAUGUUCGGUGAUCGCAGCGCUCUAACAAUAGCAGAAGAGUAUGUGCGUGAAUGCGGGUCGAAGUCGCAAGCGUCCGCUCUGUGGGGUGCGCGUGCGCUGCGAAGACUCGUGCCACAACGUACUAAAGAUGCGCUCGCGCUUGCCACUGCCUUGGAUACUCCUAACACUACUAUACAGGGUUCUCUCGAAGUACUAGAAAGUCUGAGAGAAGGCGACUUCGGUCCUUGCGAAAAGGAAAUAGAAGCUUACAUAGAGGCGUGUAGGGUGAAAUUCCCUUACGCGAUCGCGUUCAAACCUCCGCCACCGGAAGAAAACCAUUCCGAAGAUCUACAGCCAAAGGAAAUUGACCUUAACCACUGAAGGCUAAAGGCAGGUCUGCAGUAAUUUUAUUCCGAGGCUUUUUUCUAGAUCAUAAUCGUAGAAAAAACUAGAAAGUAUUUGGUAUUUACCAGGAUUGUUGAAAGUGAGGGUAGUUGAUCCUUUCCUCCUCCUACCCACGUAAAUAGUGCAAAAUGAUUUUUCAGAUUGGAGCGAAAUUUCCUUCGAACAAGCAAACAACUUUACCAUUGUUCUCACAAACAUCACAUUUUUAAUAAAUAAUUUUAACGUGUUUUAACCAUUCGUGUUUAUAGUUUUAAUUUAUGCUGCCAAGAUUAUUUAAGCAUCUAUUAUUGUUAUUAGUUGUUUUUGAGUUUGAGUUCUCGACAUUAAAACACCAUAUGUGUUUUCUAAACAUUUUAUUACGAUUACGAUUAUUCGAAAAAAUCUGUUUUUAGUUCAAAAUAUUAAAGCAGCAUUCAAAAAUCUGUUACUAUUAGUUACUCUUCGGAUUGUAUUUUUAGUAGUUUAGUUUAGUUUUGGUUUAUGUUGAAGUCUGUAUUGCCUAUGAUAAAAACUACACGUCAAAUUAUGUGCCUCGAACAUCCAUAUUGACAAAGACUUUCUAGUUAUUCUAUAAAAAAUUUAACGCAAUAAUGGUAAAGGAAUAAAAUUAUUGAAGGUCGCUUCGGUCCUUUUGAAGUUUGGAAACACCAAAAAUGGUUUUUAUAUCUCGAUUGAUAAAAUUAAUAAUAGUUAAUAUUAAGGCAUGAAUUCGGUUUCGGGUGUCACAAAGUAUGAAAAUUUGUUUGCGAAUGUUAAUUUCUGGGGAGAUUUCAAAAUGCUCAGUUUGCUGCUGAUCUUAUGUGCGUAUCUGUAUGUACUAAUAGAACAAAUGUUAAUUAAAGUUUGAGAGGAGAUAUCUAUUUUAAUUGAACACUUUUUAAAAAAAGCAAAAUAAGUCAUUGUUUGUUUCAUAGUCUAGUGAGAAUACUGUCAAGUAGACUUGACAGAAACAUUUUCAACACUUUAUUUCCAAAUUCACAGUGGAAAACAAACACAUUUUUUCUUUAUUCAUUUUUAAGAAAAGUCUUUGUGGUUUACGAGUAUUUAUAAACAAAAAAAGAAGAGUCUAUUAGUAAAUACAUUUCCAAGUUCAGUGCAAACCAUUCAAAUUACUUUAAUGUUCCUUGAAUUUAAUUUUAAGUCGUCGCUUAUCCCUUGUUAAACAUCAAUUCAAGCUUCCUCUAAUUUAGUGAUUGUUGAUUUUGUAAGCAUGGCCUCAAGUGUUCAAUUUUCAAGUUAUAUAGGAUUUGUAUUAAAUCUCUGGUUUUAUAGAUAAAUGUGUGAAAUAACCUCACGCAAUAAUUGAUCGAGGUUCGCUUUGUAAAUAACUACUUUAAGUUUUCGCUGUAAAAUACAGUUAGGUUUAAUUCGACUCAUUGACUGUUAUACAAAUUGUACGGAAUAAGAAUUUUUAAACCAAUUUUUAAUAUGUAAUUAUUACAUAGCUAAUGGGGAAUGGUUAAAAUUUGUAAGUGGAAUAUAAUACAAUAAAUACAGUUAUCGUCAAACUAUAAUAAUUCAGUAACUCAAUGUUCUGUUGUUUACAACUUUCAAGUCAUUUUUGGUCAAUAUUUCAAAGCAUGGACUGAAGAUACAAUGUUUUUUCCAUAUUAAAAUUUUAGCCAUGGUAACAGAUAUCAACUUGUUGAACAAAUCUUUGAAUUUUACUGUAAUUUUUUUUAGUGUAAAGUCAAAAACAGUAGUGGUCUUCGAUAGUAUGAAAUUAACAUACACUUUAAAAAUUUAAAACAUUAUUGAAACAAGUUAAUAACGGAAACUUUAUUUUUUGAUGACCUACCUUAACCUACAACUAAUAAUUAUUGAUAACAUUUUAAUCUUCCUCAGAUAUACAUUACCCAACCAUUAAAUUCAAAAAAGAUUAUCAUUAUCUUUGAUAAUAACAAAUUAGAGGUGACCCCGAAAUAUUUAAAGUUGACGAUUUCUGUAUAUUUGUAUUUUUGAUUGACCAAUAGAACAAUGCUUUAUGUUAGUAGCAAAAAUACCAACUGUAAAAAUGUUUAUUACAAUAUAAAAUAUUGAGCAUAAUAUUUGGUAUUUAAACAAGUGAUUGGAUAACGUUGAUCAAAAUUAAUUAAAAAUUAUUUUAUAUAAAUUAUAAUAAAUAUGGAUGGCCCAUCAUAUCUUUUGCCAUUUUUUUCUAUAAAACAUUUUUUAUAUAAAAUAUGGUCUUAUUCAUAAAUAAAUUCUACAUCUUGUUUUGUCUUUAUUCUCAUAACAUUCUACUACUUUUCUAGUAUUAGUUUUUAAAUUUGUUUAUAAAUAAGGCCUGUAAUAAUUAUUUGAUUAUUUCUUUUAUAUCUAGAAAUAAAGAUUAUUUAAUAUGAAUGUAGGAAAUUAACCUACGUGACUAUUUAAAUGCAGUUUUUUUUUAUAUUCACAUAUGUUUAUGUUUACCUUUGAAGGUAUUUUUUUCAAACUGCACUAGAUAGAUAUAAAAAUUGUUCAACCAGUUACCAGUCUACUCAAUAAAAUUUGGCUAUGCUGUGUUAUACCUACAUUUAUAGAAAGUUACUUUGAAACUUCAAUUGAAAUCCCAAUAAAAAAAACCAACCUAAACAUGUCCUUGCUAUUUCGAAAAGAGUAUUUAUAGAUGGAAAUAUUAAUAUUAGACCUGUGAAUUUGGCCAUUGGGAAAUUUAACAAAACAUUGGUGCCAUGUUUAAUUAAAUUCCGGUCAGACUCUAGAAAUUACAUUUAAUAAGUAACCACAAAUAAAACCAUUUUAAAUCAUUCAGUUAUAAUUCCAAUUGCAGUUUCUUCUACAGAUUUUUUCCUAUGGGUUCUUAGUGUUCAGUUGUUGUUAGCUCCCUGAUGGGAGGGAGUAUUGUGUACCCCUUGUAAAUAAAGUAAUAAAAAUUAUUUUACAAAA